UUAAGAACUUAAUCAUUUUAAGAUACUUAAAUAUGAUACAGCAUGACAAUGACUAUGCAUAUUUAGAUACUUAUACAUGUAUUAUAUAAAUGUAAGUUAUAUAAGUGAUAUUUGAUUAACAGAACGCCAGUCUAUUAUGGGAUUCAGAUAUCCCUCUAUUGACCGAUUGUUUCGUCCAAACAUUAUUACCGGUGUUUCCUCUCAUUGUGUUAUCAUUACUAUUGCCGUACGAUAUAAUCGUUAUCCGCAAAAGUCAUCAAAAGUUACCAUCACUUCCCUAUCAAUGGAGAAAUAUUUCACAUUUGAUUAUAGCAAUUUUGUUAAUCUUUAUUGCAUUAUUCAACAUAUCAGACAUAUUAUGGAUACGCACCGAUUAUAAAACUCAUACACUAAUAUUUAGCAAAAUAUUUUUAAAUUUAACGCAAAUAUUAACAUAUAUUUUAACCAUAACUUUGGCCAUAAUAUACCGUCGGCGGGGAUACCGACACUCGGCCGCUGUUCCCCUUCAAUGGUUGGCCAGUCUCUCGGUUUCAAUCAUUAAUUUGUAUCAAUUUGUGGCCACAAAUCAUCACAAUAUUCCGAUUCUUGAGGCCGUAAUCAAUUCAACAAUAGUUUUGCUCACAUUAUCAGCUCUAAUAACCUCAUGUCUAACACCAAUAGUGUCCACUGGUGUGGGGUUUGAACGGUUGAUAGAGCCCGACCGGCCCCGGGCACCGGUGUGUCCGAUGGACGACCACAAUGUGUUUAGCAAAAUAUUAAUUGUUUGGAUGAAAACACUAUUUAAAUACGGAUACAAAGCGAGACACGACUUAUCGCAGUAUUUACUACCGCUUUGCGAUUAUAUAAAGUCCGACAACUCUUACCAGUCCUGGCGGUCGGCGGACCAGAGAUUCAACGCAAACAAACCGGUACUCGGCUUAAGGCUAUUGCCGUUGAUUUGUUGCACAGUAUGGCUGCCGUAUUUGGCCGGACUGGUCAUGGAGUUUGGCCACGUGUUUGUCGACCUGAGACAGCCCUACAUAAUCGCCGCGCUUAUAGACUUUGUGUCGGCCACCGAUGACUCGGCGGGCGACCACUUAUGGCACGGAGUGUAUUACGCCGUCGGCUAUUGUCUUAUCAAUAUUAUGGGCCGACUCUUUGAACAGCACUCCUAUAUGUUUAUCAAUAUAGCUAAUUAUCGGCUACAGUCGGCCCUCACGACAGCAAUGUAUAGCAAAAUGCUUGCCCUCAGCCCAGGUUCUCGUCGGACGUACACCACUGGUGAUAUUAACAACAUGGUCGGCGUAGACGUGACUGAGGUGUGCGAGUUUACCCGUCACAUGACAUACCUGGUGUCGGCGCCGGUAUCGCUGGCUGUGUGCCAAUACAUACUGUGGCAACAGUUUGGACCGACAUCGUUGAUGACCGGGGCUGUAAUGGUAACAAUGGGUCCGUUCCUGUCAUGGCUACUGAAACGGAUGGAAACAUUGCAGACAAAACAGAUGUCGCUGAAAGACAAACGCAUGGAACAGAUCAGCGAAGUGUUAAACAAUGUAAAACUGUUGAAACUGUUUGGUUGGGAGCGACCAUUCAUGGCCAGGAUUACCGACACCCGCGGCAAAGAGUUGGACACAUUGCGCUCCGGGUAUUACUUUAGGUCGGGGCUUGAGUUGGUAUGGCUACUGAUGCCCUACGCGAUGGCCAUCGGGACGUUCACUGUGUUUACUUUGGCCACUGGCCAAGAGUUUACCGCAAAACGGGCUUUUGUGGCGAUGUUUGUCUUCAACUUCUUAAAGGAUCCGAUGGCCAGGUAUUGCAUACUUAUAUUCAAUGGCUCUCUC